CUCAAUGUAAGGUAGCACUAGCACAGCUACUAAAUGUCAUUCAGUCAAUACCUUCGCAGCUAUUUCGAAACUACAGCAACAGUAAAACACAUUACUUCAGACACGCAGGCAGCAAGACUCAAAACAAUGUUACAAAACGGGAGAUGUUUUGUAACAGUCUUACAGACCCGACCAAUUAGAAGAGCUGAACGGGGCCACGUGGUGUACUUUAUAUAACAUUUUUUCCCCUUAAGCUCAAUACCUACAGCUGUGCGAUGGAUCUUGUGUAUGUUCGUGAACUAAACAGGAGGACAAGGGAGACCAAAAUGAAUGAAAUAGUAUAUCGUCUUAACAAACUGUUAACACUGGGUUCCACACAGGAAUAAUACUAGCACCGUCCUAGCUCCGCGAUGGGCACAGAGACCGCGGAAAGCAAUGUGAUGCUGGAGCUCGCUGCUGAAGCUUUCCAGGCAAGAAACUUUGAGCUGGCUGCGGAGAUCUACGAAUGCCAGCUACGGCAUUUCAGCGACCCUGCUACGCAAGUGGAAGUGCUCUUGAGAAGGGCUGACGCGCUAGCUUUGGGGGGCAGACUGAGCGAAGCGUUCGAGAUCUACCAGAAAGCAUCCAAACUCGAGAGGCUGCGACCGGCGCAGCUGGAGAAUCUGACCGAGUGUCUGCUUGGCAGCAUCAGGAGCAAAGAGGGACUGGGCGCUCAUAAGAACCAGGAGCACGACACCACCAGCAGCAGCGUAUACGGUGCAUUCACUUGCAGGAUAUGCCUGGGAUUCCUAUACGAGCCUGUCACCCUGCCUUGUGGACACACGUACUGCAGGAAGUGUCUGGACAGAGAGAAAGAAAGACCGCUGGUCUGCAAGCAGUGCAAAGACAGUACGAAGCUCUGCGAUGUGCACGACUACAGGAUGAACGUGGUGCUGUGCAACCUGUUAGCAAAGUGGUUUCCGUCGCAAGUGCAGGCAGUGAGACUGAGACACGAAGGGAAUGCUUUAUACGCGGAGAAAAACCUGGAAGCGGCACUGGAAAAGUAUAAUGAAGCAAUACAAUUAGCUCCCAGGGACCAUCUGCUGUUCAGCAACCGAUCACAGAUAAACUCCAGUUUGAAGAACUGUGAAGCUGCAUUAAGCGAUGCUGACAUGGCAUGUCGACUUCAACCUCUUUGGCUCAAGGGACACUUACGGAAAGCACAAGCCUUGAUGAUUCUCAGGAAAUCAGAGGAGGCUUUAACUGAAUACCUCUUCUGUAUUGCCUUGGAACCAGAAAGCAAGAUGGCAAAAUGUGAAGCACAAAAGCUGCUGAUUGAUCUGUUCUCUCCAGUCCCGGAUAACGUCCAGGAGAGAAUUCCCGACUGCAUGCAUUUACUGUCGCCUCGAGCCAGAUUAAAGGGAAACACCUUGAACACUUUGAGCAAAAGCAGCAGCACACCAAGAUCAUACCAGGACUGUAAGAAGAGAAACGACAGCGUGAUGUCACCAGUGGAAUCGCAGUCAUCUUUCUCUGUUGCUGAUGCACCGGGAGCGAAGCCUCCUUGCUGUGAAGACCAGGGCAAAGUCAAGUACUUUUCACAAGAGUAUCAGCCGCCUGCGUUUGACACAAGCUGCCUUCUAAAGAGGAAACUCGGCGUGGAGGAGGAAGACAAGGGAGGGAGUUUCGAAAGAUCCUGCAAGUAUAUGAAGCAAGAGACCACGUCCACGGUGCCGAAGGAAGCCACAGCCACAUGGUGCUCUGUCCCAAGUGACCUGAUUGACCCUUGUGACCUGGAGUGCUCCCUGUGUAUGAGACUUUUCUAUGAACCUGUGACAACUCCCUGCGGCCACACCUUCUGUCUGAAAUGCCUGGAGCGAUGCCUGGACCACAACUCCCAGUGCCCGCUGUGCAAAGAGAGGCUCUCUGAGUACCUGGCCCAGAGGAAGUACAGCAAGACCCCGCUGCUGGAGGGCCUCAUAGAUAACUAUCUGCUGGAGGAGCUUGUGGAGAGGAGGAAAGUUCACGAGGAGGAAAUCGCCGAGCUGUCCAAUUUGAAUAAGAACGUUCCUAUCUUCGUGUGCACCAUGGCCUUCCCCACUGUGCCCUGCCCCCUGCACAUCUUCGAGCCCUGCUACCGGCUCAUGAUUCGGAGAUGCAUGGAGACCGGCACCAAGCAGUUUGGAAUGUGCAUCGCCGAUUCCGUCAAAGGUUUUGCAGAUUACGGCUGCAUUCUUGAGAUCAGGAACGUGGAGUUCUUCGCAGACGGCCGCUCUGUGGUCGACACCAUCGGGAAGAGGAGGUUUAGAGUGGUUGAGCAACGCCAGCGCGACGGCUACAACACUGCGGAUAUCGAAUACCUGGAGGACAAGAAGGUGGAGGGGGAGGGAUAUGCAGAGCUGCUGUCGCUCCAUGACGCAGUGUACAACCAGUCCUUCACGUGGUUCAACUCCCUCAAACCAGAACAGAAGGAGCGGAUCACUGGGCACUUCGGACCAAUGCCAGACAAGGAACCUGAGCCACAGGUCAGCCCCAAUGGUCCCUCCUGGUGCUGGUGGCUACUGGCGGUCCUGCCCUUGGAGGGUCGCGCUCAGCUGCCAUUCCUGGCCAUGACAUCUCUCAGGGAGCGUCUGGUCGGCAUCCGCAGAGUGCUGUCCUUCAUGUCCCGUGGCCGUGCCCGCUGACCGCCCGCUGCCUCGUUUUCCACUUCUUUUACUUUUUUUUUUUUUUUUUUAUAAGACCAAAAUUGUAUCCCUGUACAGCCUUGUGUAAAAAAAAAAAACUACCAUUGGUUAGCUCCACUGUGCUUCCAAUCAGCGUGCUUUAAUAUACAAUGCCAAGUUUUCCGUGUGGAUCUGGGAUCUGUUGUUGUAUUGAGUAGGUUGUUUGUCCAGGCUUUUACUGUACUCUGGAACUCAUAGUCCAGGCUCUUACUGUAUAAGUUAGAAUAGUCUCACCUUCCUUCUGGAGAGGUUCAUUGUCAUCCCUGACCGGGCUUCCUUCUUUUCCUAUUACAGACACACUAACGUUUCACCAACUCUGUUUAUUCCUGUGCAGUACUAACUGUGCAACCAGCCACUUGUUAGCAGCACUGGUUUCAGACAGGCUGUCUGUAUAUGAACCCUCCUUCUCCAGAAACAACUGGCAGAGCUCGCAGCUUAUCAAAACGCACCUGUGUGAAAACACACUGAAUAAUGGAAAUAAAACCUAUACAGCAUUUAGCCAUUUUCCUUAUCAGUUUAAAUGAAGAACACAUUAGAAUUGUGUUAACAUAGGUGAUAUAAACAGCAGUACAUUGUAACAGUUAUAAAAGUGGGGCAGACACCUAACAUUGAAACACAUGCAUAUGAAUCACAAUUGAACAGCUGUCAUUUCCCUGUAGUAAUGAAUUCCCUGUCAUAUAAAAGGGGUGACAGUGGACUGUUUUAACAAAUUAAAUGCAUGUUCUUCAAUAGGUGCCCUUGCUCCUAUUAGCUGUGUCUCAUUAUAGUGGAAACGUCGCUACACUAUAGUUUAAGCUGCAAUACACACACUUAAAGCACUGCACAUAAAGCAACGAAUGUAGUCUUGUCUGUAAAUGUGCAUACUUGAAGUAAUAAGUCAAUGUAUCAUUUAUUUUGUGACUGGAUUGGCGCUGAAUGGAAGUAGAUGUACAAAGAAGGAACAAGGGUUUCUGAAUGACAGGCCAUUAGUACAGUAUUGCCAUCUGUGGACAGCUUUAUGAAAGAAAACUUUUUAUUUCCACUGGUGAUGAUUAAGACUGAAAUGAAAAUCUUUUUUUUUUUAAAUCUUUCAAAAACAUUCCACAACCAGAUAAAAGAGCAGAGUGCUGGCCAUUGUUGACUUGCUAAACCCAGAGAAACCAGCUGCAGAGCUUGUCUGUAAAACCAAUGUGACUGGGCAAGGAUAGCUUCUGAGGCACAAUACUGAUACCCAUCCUACACCUGCUAGACACCCUGGGAAACUCUGCUCCUGACAUGUUCAUGCUUUCUGAAGAAAGCUGUAAGAGGGUUCUCCCUGUCCACAAUACCUGCUUCGUUUUGCAUUUAAGAGCUGUGACCGUUCCUUUAGUCCUCACAAGUGCUAAGUUAAAAACAAGAGGGGGGCUGAUCUUUGGAUGUUCAGCAUUGCAAAGUACCCUUACGGUUUCAUUUUAGGAACUCCUCACUGACUGCCACCUCGAGUGAUGACAUGCAUUCUGUGUGUUUGUUUGUAGUGCCUUAGUUGUAUUUCUUUUUUUACCAUGUAAUGUAUAUCAAGAACUCUGCAUACUCAGUUCAAAGGUUUGUUAAAUGGUGUUCCAUUGUUAAACUCCUCUAGUUUGUCUUAACUUCAGAGAUGCAGGCAAUUGCUAUUAGAACAGCUGUGUUGUGUUUUUUUAGAUGUAAGUUUUUUUUAUAUGCUGCAGGUCUAUUGCUGUGGUAGACCCUGUAUGAUUGUUUUCAGGCAGCAGGCACUGGAUGUGCUUCUUGUUCAUGCUUGGUGUCUUGUUUGUAUUUUUGUAUGCAGUGGUUACCUCCUAAUCAAGUUGAGAGUGUAUUUCUCGUUCAGUCUUUGCUCUGUCAGGCCAAGUGAAGCAAAAGAAAAUACUCUCACAAUUUGAUAGUAGCCACUGAACACUAAUAUACAUAUUAGAAGGCAUGACAUGUAAAUAAAAACACAGAAGAAAACCUGAUGUGAACAUACCUAAUCUGAUAAUAUAGAACCUGUUCAAGGUGACAUUCUCAGUGUGAAAUCUACACCCUCAGCAAAGUUAUAGUGCAAUUGCUGCUGACUCAUAAUCAUCUUUAACUUGUGAACAGAGAGUCUGUGUGUAUAAAACAGCAGAACAGGCGUUAACCCAAACAGACACAAAUAGGUUACUGGACUUGUUUAAAUUAUUGCCAUCAUUAAAAUCCAGACGUUUUACCUUAAAGUUGCAUCUCAGAUUGUGGUACAGCUGAACUACCUCUAUGAUACAAGCAUUUAGUUCUUCCAGUCUCUUUAAAUCAAAGGGAAUGGUUUGGUCUGUGUGUGUAUACUACGGUCGCCUCUGUGUGUUCUGCCUGUGGUUCUGUAUUAUUGUGUAAAUGCUGACUCUGGGGUUGAAUGUAUGCAAUGUAUGUAUUUCCUGGGGUUUCCUGUUCAGUCCUCUUUGAGGCACAGUAAUCAGGAGUUCAAUGUGUGUCACACUGUGAAAAUGUACAACAAAGUAAAAAAAAGAAAUUUUCAGUUA